UGAAUUGAGCAUCAGUCUCAAGUUGCCGAGGGAGCAACAAUGGCGGCUAAGCUUUCCCUCUUCCGACCAAUCACACUCUAUCCCCCGCCCCAUUUCGCCGCCAAGCCCCGCCUCAUCGCCGCCCUCUCCUGCAGCGCAAACUCCCCUCUCUCCUUCUCAUACGGCCCCUCCCUCCACAAAGGCCACUCCCCUCUCCCUCUCCCUCUCGAAUCACCAAUUCCCCCCUCCCCCUCCCUCGACGAAGCCGCCUUCACCCGAGUCUUCGACAUCUCCGCCCUCCGCGUCCCCUCCGCCAUCUGCUCCACGCUCGAAAACCGCCUCCGCGGCCACCUCCUCAACUGGCCCCGAGUCAGGAACAUCGCCAGAGUCCCAGGCGACGAAAUUGACGACCAAAUUAGGUCAAUUUUGCCCCAAUCCGACGAAUCAGAAGACGAAUCGCUGGUGGCUCUGAACCGCAGGGUGUACGGGAGGGCGGAGGGGGACGGAGAGCAGCUGAGUGCGGUUCUGCAUCGGGAUAAGCUGGCGAGGGCUUUCAAUUCGAUAGGGUAUGCUAGGUUUAGGAAUCUGGCGAAGAUGUCGAGGCCGAAGAAGGGGAAAUUGAGGGAUGGUGGUGAGAAGAGGGUGGUGAAGGGGGUCAGGAUGGGCGGCGCGGCGUUGGUUGAGGUUGUUGAGUUGAGUGAUGGUGAAGACUUGAGGGGUUUGCUGGGGGAGGAUGCUCCGCGGCAGCACAAGUGGCGGGGGCCGACGAGGCUGCUGCUUUUGGAUGAGCGGUAUUCCGAUAAAAGCAUUGAGGAAUUGCCUCAGGCAAUCAAGGUUGUUUUCGAGGAGUAUGAUAGGCAGCAUGCAAGAUCAGCUUUUGAACUCGUGAAAUGCAAAUUGACUCUGUUUUAUGAUUAUUGGCAACUGAACGAGAUUCUGGAGGCUUUGCUUCCGAAAGGAAUGAUCGUUCCUUCAUCUUUUGAAACAGUUGGACACAUUGCGCACCUGAAUCUUAAAGAUGAACAUCUUCAUUAUAAACACCUCAUUGCUAAGGCGGUAUUGGAUAAGAAUAAGCCAAAGAUACAAACAGUCGUAAACAAAGUCGAUUCAAUUCAAAAUGACUACAGAACAAUGCAGCUUGAAGUUUUGGCAGGAAACAAUUCUCUUGUGACGACAUUAGUGGAGAAUGGAAUCCGAUUCCAUGUUGAUUUAGCAGCAGUAUAUUGGAACUCGAGGCUUGCAACUGAAAGGCAGCGGCUGCUAAGUUGCUUCACCAAGAGCGAUGUUGUGUGUGAUGUUUUUGCUGGGGUUGGUCCAAUUGCCAUCUCUGCUGCAAAGAAGGUCAAAUAUGUGUAUGCUAAUGAUCUCAACCCUUGUGCUGUUGACUAUCUUGAGAAGAACUGUGUCCUCAAUAAACUUGAAAGGAAAAUUCAGGUAUUUAACAUGGACGGGAGGAGAUUUAUUGAAACUGUUUUUGCUUGCCAGAAAGCUCAACCCAUCACUCAAGUCGUCAUGAAUUUGCCUCAAGAUGCAGCUGAAUUUCUCGAUUCCUUCAAGGGACUUUUCCAUGGACUCAACCUUGGUAAAGGCUGUACUUUGCCAAGAAUUCACGUUUACGGUUUCUCAAAAGCUCAAGAUCCCGAAUUUGAUUUUCACGAGAGAAUUAGAAUUGCACUGUCGGAGGUGGCUUUCGAUGUACAGAUGCACAGGGUCCGCCUCGUCGCCCCCGGAAAAUGGAUGCUGUGUGCCUCGUUUGUCGUGCCGGAAAGAGUGGUAUACUGCAGAAGAGGUACAAGCACAACUAACAGGAGACAGGCAGAGCAAACUUAGUUUGUUUUGCAUGAAAAAAGGGGUGUUGAAGAGAUGUACCUUUUGAGUUGAUUUACAGUACAAGCACACAUUUGAUAUUGUGAUGUGUAUAUAUAUGGCCCAGAUUUAAGCCUUAAA